AACGCGUUGCGCGGCCACGGAAGCAGCUACUCCGCGCUUCUCCUGCCCUUCCUUCUGGCGACCUACAGGCUGGAAAGCUUUGUGCUCGCUGAAGGGGCGGGGCGGGGAGACCCGGGCCUAGGGCCACGGAAGAGAGCGAAUUCGGAGCGCUCGCCCAGCUAGCGGCAGACCGGCUUUCGAGGCUCCGGAUCAGUGUGCUGCUCUCUUGGGAGAUACAGCAGGGAAAAGGAGCGUUCCUCCCGUGGCCGAAAGAACUGUCCGUGAAAUUCAAUGGCAAUGAGGAGCAACUUCAAGAGAAUCCCUGCAGGGAAAGGCCCUUAUUCCGUUGGAUGUACAGACCUCAUGACUGGCCAUGGUAUUCAGGGAAUUUUUUUGCGUCUGUAUUACCCUUGCCAAAAUGGUACAAGUAGUGAAGAAACAAUAUGGAUUCCCAAGAAAGAAUAUUAUCAUGGACUAUCUGAUUUCCUUAACAUAUAUCGGACAUUGGGAGAGUUCCUUUUUGCAUCUUAUGUUGGCUCGGUGACGUGUCCUGCAAAAUGGAAUGCUACAAUCAAGCCUGGGGAAAAAUACCCCCUCAUUAUUUUUUCCCAUGGACUUGGAGCUUUCAGAACUAUAUAUUCAGCAAUUUGCAUUGAAAUGGCAUCUCAGGGGUUUAUUGUGGCUGCUCUUGAGCAUAGAGACCAAUCCUCUUCAGCUACAUAUUUCUAUAAAGAAAAACCUGAUUUAGGAGGGAAAGGGAAAACCCUGGAGAUUGAUAAGGAGUGGAUCUAUUACAAAAAAUUAAAAGCAGAUGAAGAUGAAUUUUCACUGCGUCGGCAACAGGUACAGCAAAGAGCAGAUGAAUGCAUGAGAGCGCUUGACCUCAUGAUGGACAUUAAUUCUGGAGAACCAAUUGUGGAUUUGAUGUCAUUGAACUUUAACUGGAUGCUUUUAAAGGAUUCUAUUGACAUACAGAAGAUAGCUGUGAUGGGACACUCUUUUGGUGGUGCAACAGUCGUUGAGGCUCUUAGCCGAGAUGUGCGAUUCAAGUGUGGCAUUGCUCUUGAUGCAUGGAUGCUACCGCUGUGCGAUGAGGUCUACCCCAGGGUUCACCAGCCAUUGCUGUUUAUUAAUUCAGAAAAAUUCCAGUGGGCUUCAAAUGUCCUAGAAAUGAAGAAACUCAAUUGCAAAGAUAGAGAAAGAAAGAUGAUCACUAUCAAAGGAUCAGUGCAUCAGAGUUUUCCAGACUUUACAUUCCUGGCUGGCAACAUUGUUGGAAAGAUUUUUAAACUGAAGGGAGAUACAGACUCAACUAUAGUUAUUGAUAUUAGCAACAAAGCUUCAUUAGCUUUCUUACAGAAACAUUUAGGUCUCAACAAAGAUUUUAACCAGUGGGACAUGCUCUUAGAUGGCAAAGGAUUUAAUGUUGUUCCAGGCACCAACAUUGAUCUAGCCCCAGUGGCACCUCAGGUGAAACAAUAAAGACACAAUGAACAUGCUGUGCCUGUAAAGCGUUUGCAUGCUUCUGCUUUCCUGUAGAAAGUUUUUAGGAAUACUAUUUUGUAACAUAAAGUGAUAGUUCCAUAGCAAGUCAGAAUGUUUAUAUAAAGUGGAAUUUGGCACCAGCUCAAAAACUCGCUAAAGAGCCAAGAAAGAUACUGAGUAAAAAUCAGUUAUUAAGGGUACAAUACUUAGUCAUGCUUUCCAGGGAAUUGUUUGGUAUUGCAGCUUCAAAACUUUGUGACCUUGGAGCUAGGACUCCAAAGGCCAAGCUCCCUCUCUUCCCUCCUCACAGCUGACCUCAAAAAAAUCAUGCUGGCUGCCUUUCCCAAGGUUGCAGAUGCAGCUCAAACAGAAGAGAACAGAGCGUGUUUGUGGGGGGAUGGGGUAGCAGGCUGAGUUCUGCUGAUUUCUGUUGGUGCCCUGGCCUCCUUUCCUACCUCUUUAUCACAGCAAUUAUAACAGCCACCUAGAUAAAACCAGUGUGAGAGAUGCAAAUGCAGCAGCGCCUCAUUCAGGGCAUAGCAGGCCUAGAGACAUUGAAGACGGAGGUGAUGUGACCGCACUCUGCUUCUGUUGAGAUUUUAUGUAGAUCAGAAUUGCGCUUGAAUUAGAAAUGUUUCCAUUAUCCCUGUAAAUGAUAACUGCAUGCUUGAGCUAUCAAUAAUCUAAAAAUCCCACUUUUAGCUUUUUUCCUUUAGUCAAAUUUUAGAAGCAAAUUUUAUAUUUUUAGGAAAAUAUAAUUAUUAAGAAUAAAAGCCAACAUUUGACACAGGCAGGAAGUACAACUGUGGCAAAUUUUAUUAGUCAAGAUUUUGGUGUUCACAUAAUUGAUACUGUACUCUGUGUAAGUAAUUUAGGUAACACUGAGCAAUUAAAAAAUAAAAUCUAUUACAUCUGUAACAAUCUUUUGUUUUUAAGAGGUAUUCUUAGAAAGAGUUUGUUUUUAACACUUUCUUGAAAAGAACUCUACAUCUAUGAACAUGUUUGUUAAACAGAGAGACAUCCAUUACAACACUUAGACUGGGGUUUGGAGAAGCACCUAGACUGAUGGCAGAGCCAUUCCAGAGCACCUAUGCCAUAUGCCAUAAAAUGGCCUCAGGCCUCAUGACUUUCAGUGGAUUUUCUGGUAGCAUGGCACAGAAUGUCUGUUACACAGCAGCACACAGCUUCUAUCCUCUGUGUGAAGUGGGAUCUCAUUAAUAGCCUGGGUGUUUUAUGUGAACCAGGUCUAGCAAAAGAAAUUCAGAAACCUUUAAUUUAGCAAUCAUACAUUCUGGUGCACGAAAAACACUCUCAACAGCAGGAAUAUUGGUGGGCACCAAGCCACACCUCUUGUGUAGCACAGCGUUGAAGAUGGUAAGCACACUUUUCUUGCUAGACUUAAGUGGCAAGUUGAGAUGCUAGUUAUCCCAGUGGAAAAAACAGAGUGAGGCUAGAUGUUAAUUUCUUCAGCCCAAAUCAUAGCUCAGUAUAGGUCCUUGUUCCCACUUUCCAUGCACACAAGGCAGAAAAAGCAGUCUAGUGCAUGCCUUCUCUUUACAUCUACUUUCUUAUCUUUAAGGAUGCAGCUUGCUGCCACAAGUUCACUAGUACCUGCACCAUACCAGUGAGCUCUUUUCCACAAAACCAUCGUCUGGGACACCUGAUUAUGGUUUCCCUGGCACCAUCCUUGUUGGGCAAUCAGUAUUUCUGGGUUCAGAUCUAGUACCAGUAAAAAUGUCAUAUGCUGGAUCAUCCAGAAUCCUAGAAAACUGUUGCUGACAUUUAAACAUUUGAACUAUAUUCUGUUGUUUAUGCUAGACUGAUCCCAAGAAACUGAAAAUAUUUGUAUUAUUGAUGUCCACCUUCCACUGUAGCAAAACCUUCAUAUUGUUUGAAGAAUUUAACCUUUUUUAAUAAAGCUACUUCUCCUGAAAUAAAUUCUUCUUCUUAACAAUC